AUGUGCCGCUUCCUCCGGUCGUCAGUCCCCGAGUCAGAGGACGGAAACACUAGUGUGAAAACCCAGACGGUCCGGGCCCCAGACGGUCCGGGUCCUAAACGGUCCGGGCCCCAGAUAGACCAGGCCCCAGAUAGACCAGGCCCCAGACGGACCGGGCCCCAGACAGACCGGGCCCCAGACGGUCCGGAUCCUAAACGGUCCGGGCCCCAGAUAGACCAGGCCCCAGACGGACCGGGCCCCAGACGACCGGGCCCCAGACGGACCGGGCCCCAGACAGACCGGGCCCCAGACAGACCAGGCCCCAGACGGACCGGGACCCAGACGGUCCGGGCCCCAGACGGUCCGGGUCCUAAACGGUCCGGGCCCCAGACAGACCGGGCCCCAGACGGUCCGGGUCCUAAACGGUCCGGGCCCCAGACAGACCGGGCCCCAGACGGUCCGGGUCCUAAACGGUCCGGGCCCCAGACAGACCGGGCCCAGACGGACCGGGCCCCAGGCUGA